AUGGAACCAUCUUUCAGCUCCAGUCUAACAUUUUAUCUUGCAGCUGACUCCGGCGAUAACUACCGACCGCGUGAGAGGUCUCGAUCUCCUCGCCGACGUUCUAGGAGUCCAGGCCGACAGUCUCGUCGGCGGUCCUAUUCACCUCGCAGCAGAUCAAAUAGUCGAGACGACUAUCGACGGGGCCGUGAUCGCUCCCCAAUGACUGGAUCAGGACAAGCGCCUGCCGGCGGCAACGCUGGCAACUAUGGGGGACAGGCACCCCAUCGAUCCUACGAAGACCGGGCCGCUGCCCGAGAGCAGAUGAUGAGCAACAUCCGCGAGACCUCGCAGCAAGACCGCCGGGUCUAUGUCGGCAACCUCUCUUACGAUGUCAAGUGGCACCAUCUUAAAGAUUUCAUGAGACAGGCUGGAGAGGUACUCUUUGCCGACGUAUUAUUACUUCCAAAUGGAAUGUCGAAGGUGGGCUUCAUCGCAAUUGUGGAAUAUGCUACCAGGGACCAAGCGCAGCAGGCGGUUGCUCAGCUUAGCAAUCAGAACCUGAUGGGUCGCCUUGUCUACGUUCGAGAGGAUCGCGAGGCCGAACCUCGAUUCAUCGGUGCUACGGGUGCCAAUCGUGGCGGAUUCAGUGGUGGCGGUGGUGGUGGUGGUGGCGGCAUGCCCGGUUUUAGCCAUGGAUACGCAGGCGGUCCUCCUGGCGGGGGGGGCGGCGGCGGCGGCGGCGGCGGCGGGGGCCGUCAAAUCUAUGUUGCCAACCUUCCAUAUACUGUCGGCUGGCAGGAUCUUAAGGACCUCUUCCGACAAGCAGCCCGAAUCGGCGGAGUGAUGCGUGCCGAUGUGCAUCUCGGAGCUGAUGGUAGACCCAAGGGCUCUGGAAUUGUCGUUUUUGAGAAUCCUGAAGACGCACGAAACGCCAUCCAACAGUUCAACGGCUACGAGUGGCAAGGUCGUCAACUUGAAGUUCGCGAAGACCGCUUUGCUGGCGGCGGCGGCGGCAUGGGCUUCGGCGGUCGUGGAGGAUACGGCGGCGGAAUGCGUGGAGGAGGCUUUGGCGGCCGUGGAGGCUUCGGUUUUGGUGGCGGCCGUGGAGGCUUCGGCUUCGGCGGCCGUGGGGGCUUCGGCGGUGGCGCCCCUGGAGGCGGCCCCGGAGCUGGUCCUCCCGGUGGUGGUUUUGAAACUUCUGCCGCGCCAGCAGUUGCCCCCAAUCCCUUCACCGACAAUGCGGCUCCAGGGACGGAACGAAAUGAGAUCAUCUACGUUCGAAAUCUGCCAUGGUCAACCAGCAAUGAUGACUUGGUUGAGUUGUUCACCACAAUUGGCAAGGUCGAACAAGCAGAGAUCCAGUAUGAACCCAGCGGCAGGUCUCGAGGCAGCGGUGUUGUCCGUUUUGACUCGAUUGACACCGCCGAGACGGCAAUCGCCAAGUUCCAAGGUUACCAAUAUGGUGGUAGACCGCUGCACCUGAGCUUCGUCAAAUAUCUGAACCAACCUAGCGGCGACAGCAUGGAAACGGACCCUCACGCUGGACUGACACAAGACCAGAUUAUGUAA